AUGCUAUCAACAACUGAUGAACGUGUGGAUGAGAUUUUUAAUGAAGAAACAACAGAAAAGAAUAAUAAGAUGAAGAGCUUUUUGAUAAUAGGAUUAUUUGUGAUAUUAUUGAAACCAGACAUAAAUGCGUUGGAUAACGGAUUGGCGUUAACUCCACCUAUGGGAUGGCUAACGUGGGAAAGAUUUCGAUGUAAUACAGACUGUGAAAGGGAUCCAGAAAACUGUAUCAGUGAACGUUUGAUAAAAGAAAUGGCGGAUAUAAUGGCGUCGGAAGGUUACAGAGACGUUGGUUAUGAGUAUGUGAUAAUUGAUGACUGCUGGCUGGCGCAACAAAGAGAUCAAGAUGGUCGACUGCUUCCCGAUCCAAACAGAUUUCCUUCAGGAAUAAAGAAUUUAGCAGAAUAUGUGCAUCGAAAAGGUCUAAAAUUUGGUAUAUAUGAAGACUCUGGAAAGAAAACAUGUGGUGGCUUUCCCGGAAGUGAAUUUUACAUGCAAACGGAUGCCAAGACAUUUGCAGAUUGGGGUGUUGACUACUUAAAAUUUGACGGCUGUUACUCAAAUCUUAAUGAUUUUCAAGCGGGUUACGAAGCCAUGGAAUUCUUUUUGAACAGAACGCGAAAGAAAAUUGUUUACUCAUGUGAAUGGCCAUUUUACAAAAUAGUUGGAGGACUUUCCGUUGACUUUGCUGCAGUGAGAAAUACUUGUAACUUGUGGAGAAAUUACUUCGAUAUUCAGGACUCGUGGUCCAGCGUCAUAGAUAUAAUUAAUUUUUGGGGAAACAACUCAGAAUUAUUUUCACAAUAUGCGGGGCCCGGAGGAUGGAACGAUCCUGAUAUGAUUAUUUUAGGUAAUUUUGGUUUGAGCUAUGACGAAGAAAGAACACAUCUUGCUAUGUGGGCUAUGAUGGCAGCGCCUCUUAUAAUGUCAAAUGAUCUAAGACACAUACGUAGCCAAUCAAAAGCUCUUCUUCAAAACAGAAAUAUUAUUUCUAUCAACCAAGACAAAUUGGGAAUUCAAGCCAUUCUGUUGAGAAAGGUGAAUGGAAUUCAAAUUUGGAGCCGGAAUCUUUCGCACAAUAGGACUGCACUAGCAUUUGUAAAUGAGAACUCCGAUGGAAUGCCACGAUACCUUAAAGUUACAUUGGAUGACAUAAAACUACCGCCAACAAGAUCAUAUAAUUUUACAGAGGCGUUUGAAAUGAAAAUUAAUUUUAUCAUAGCAAAGGGACACUAUCUUGAAAUGUAUGUAAAUCCACAUGGUGUUCAACUUUUUAUCGCUAAACGGAUGUAGAUUGUCAUAAACAUACUACACAGUCAUGUAAAUGCACGCGCAUCUAAACAGAUAAAGUUUUCAGCUUAUUACAUGUAUGUUUUUUGCCGUGUAUAAGU